AUGGAUCGCCCAGAGCCGGGUCUCAUCAGGUGGUCCCCGAACGCGGGGCGCGACCUCUUUCUUCACAUCAACCUCCAGCACCACGUUGUGCAGCUCCAUGAGCCGACAGGCUUCGCCCGGAAAGGCAAAUUCGAGUCGAGGACGCUCGGCAAAUAUGACGAACUACCCCCUCUCACCACCUUUGACUGGUCCCCCUCCGUGCCCGGCCUGGUCGCCGUGGGCACCUCGACCGGCGUUGUCAAUAUCUUGCGCGUCGACGACAACUCAAACGCAGUCUUGGAUCUCAAUCUCAAAAUGUCCCGUACCUGUCAAGCUGUCGCCUUUAGUACCGCUGGAAAGCUUGCUGUUGCCCUGGACAGAGUGAGAAGUGAUAACUGCCUUUACAUUUGGGACGUCAACCGGCUAUCGACCAUGGAUACCAACGCGCAUGGGUUCAGCAGUGUAGUACCCUUUACCGAUCCCAUAGAUCGUCUUGAGCCCAACCAGAAUUACUUUGCCUCCUCGGCCUUGGACCAGCCGGGUGUCAUGGUUUGGGACCGACGUGCAACCCACCGCCAGGUUGCAAGGCCCUCGUACAACGAGGCCGUUAAGGACGACGACUUACCCUGGGGCGGAGCCUUGCGUCUGGAAAAAGCGGUGCGCGUCCUUACUCAGGAUCCGGCCCAGGACACCAACACCUCCUACAUCCGUUCCAUUCGUUUUUGUCGAGACAAGCCCGGUAUGCUAGGCGUGCUAUCACGGGCCGGCCAGCUCCGAAUCUUGGACACGAGACAUGAAUAUGUGGAGCCUAGUGACCAGUUUGAGAACAGCCCGGAGCUACUCGAGGUAGCCAGAUCGUACGAGAUGGACCCUUUCUAUCUGGACAACACCCGCCACAAGCACGAGAAAAUUGUCUCCUUUGACUGGAUCACAAUGCCUUCACCCAUUGCCCAAGCCAGAAUGCUUGUCUUGAGGAAAAAUGGCAAUUUCGAUGUAUUGGAGAAACCGUCCUUUACGUCCGAGUACCCGUUUAAGCUUAUCCCGUGGCAAGCACCCCACCGAGGACUGGAAGGUAAAGAACCACCUGAAGAUUCGUCCUACCCUUGGCUCCCGGGCGAACAAAAAACUCACAAUGUUCUAGAAAGGAUAUCUUAUCAUCAAACCAUGGACUUCGAGAUUCCUCAAACGCAGGAAAUCCUGGGACCCUUCUUGACCGAGAAGGCGUUGGCAAAUAAGCAGCUAUUCGGGCCAGACAAGGCAAACCUUACUGCGGUUGUUGAAGACGCCAUGCAGUCGGACGUGUACACUGACCUGAUAGGCCCGGACGGUUUUAACAGGAUUAGCGAUUUGAAGUUCCCCGAGGGGUAUUCUACGACCGCGCCGAUUGCCGAGAAGUUGGCGGCCCUGAGGAUGACGGUCGGAGGAAGGUCACCAAACGGCUUGAACACGCGAGGUGAACCGUUAGGACAAUUGGAGCGCCAUGAGAACUUGCUAAUGAAACUCAUGGAUCGAAGCAACUUUCCUAGAGAGGCACAAGUGAUUCUCGACCAUACCAUGAUCUUCCGUGCAAAGGAAGGGUAUCUAUUCAACUAUAGAAGAAACCAGCAGAUCGUAGCCGAUGACCCAUGGCUUCAAGAUAUGUGGGCUUGGAUUACAGGGAGCAAACCUCAAGCAAGGCUAUCAGACCACUCACAUGCUCCUGACCAAGCUGGUUGGGAGCGUUGCUUGAACGCCAUCAACAAGAAAUUGGGGCUCCCAAAGUUUGACGGCGUCGAUACGAAGCGUCCCCACCAUCGCGAAAUGUGUCUCGAGAUGUGCAAAUGGGGUCGAAACUAUGAUGCAGAUUUGAUCGAUGGACAAUCUACCUCCAGCCUGAGCAAAGACGCCUCAGUAUGGCACACAAUGGCGGCUGCUCAAGCCCUCUUCAGAGGCGAUACUAGGGGCGCUGUGCAAGUCCUCAAGCAAGCCAGCACCGAUCAUCCUGAACUCCUCUUUGUCUCUCUCGCACUGCAGCUCGUAGGAAACGUCACGCAAGAGGGAGACAGAAUGAACAAGAACAACGCUGUCAAGGAAGCGCUCGACUUUGACGAACGCGUGGCCUCCAAAACCGACCCCUAUUUGCGCGCAAUCUCAUCCAUUAUCGCCACGGGUGACUGGCUGACCAUUGCCAACCAACGCUCUCUCCCUCUCCGAGAUCGCGUGUACGUCGCCGUGCGCUAUCUCCCCGACGACGCCCUGACAGUUUGGCUCCGCGCCGAAACCGAAGCAGCCAUGGAGGCCGGCAACAUCGAAGGAAUCGUGUUGACCGGCAUCACGGACCCCCUCGUCGACAUCCUCGCCCGCUACGUAUCCAAGUUCGGUGACUUCCAGACCGCUACGCUCGCGCUAUCCAUCUGCUCACCGCGCUUCGUCGACGAUGUGCGCGCCGCGGCCUUCCGCACCGCCUACCGCGCCUACCUUCAGCGGCACCACGCCUUCUUCCUCCGCGCCAAGUUUGACGUCGAGUCAACCAAGCGGAGCAAGCACCAAGGUCGCCCGACUCUCAGGCCUCCAGGUCGUCAGAUCGCCCUGCGCUGCGUCUACUGCGAUGCCUCGACGAGUCUCCACACUCACAACAAUAGCUCCUCCAACAGCUCCAACACUAACGGCCACUUACCUGGAAACGCCUCCCCGUCUAUACCAAGCUUUAUGGUCCAACACGCUGCCGCCCAACAAGCCCAAGCCCAAGCCCAAGCCACCGCGGCCGCAGCGGCUGCAGCGCAGCAACAACCAAUAUCUGGAACCUCGGGUAGUGGUGGCGGAGGCGUAACCACGCCCAACAUCCCGAUUCCUCCCCCGCCUCCUCCGCCCGACGCCCUGCAGCUCCCGCCGGCGGCUGCGGCGGCGCAAAGCAGUAAGAACCCCUUCACGGAGAAGAUGGUACAAGCGGGCAUCUCCUGUCCGAACUGCAAGCGUCACCUGCCGCGGUGCGUCGUCUGUCUAGAAAUCGUCGGCAUGCCGCGCAGUGACUUAUCGGGCUCUGGCGGUACGGAAGGGACGGGGACGAUGGGUAGAGGAGGCCCAGGAGGAUCAGGUACAGCUGCGGGAGGUGGUUACGGAGGAGGAGCAGGAAUCCAAGCAGGUGGGACAAUGGGUAGUCUUCAUCACGGAGGCGAUGAUCAUCAUCAGAUGUCGGCGGUGGACAUGACGAAUAAAAUGGCGGCGAGGUUUCCGACAUUUUGCUUGCAGUGUGAGCAUGUCCUGCAUUUAGAUCAUGCUAGGGAGUGGUUCGCUAGGCAUCAGGAGUGUCCGGUGCCAGAGUGUAGGUCACUUAGCAUAUGGGCCGACACUUUCUUCACUCUACCCUCCUUCUUUACUUACCAUCCGUAUCCCUCACGCUCCCCUACCCUCCUUUCCUGA